UUGUCGACACGUCAAAAAACAACAUGGCAGAACAUUGAGAAACUAACCUAGAUUCUAUUUGUUUACAAUUUUACUAAGGCGAUAAAAUAUUUUCAUUAAUCUUUAGCAGUCUUUUGAAAUGAUGCUAUAGAUCUAUACUAUAUCAAGUAUAUCUAUAUCCUAUUCAAUUUAUAACUAUGUCAUGGAUUGGAGGCAGCCUCUCUUCCUUAACUGGACAGUUAUCGAAUUUGACAAAAGAUAUUUUGAAUGAAGGAACUGAGGAAGUUAUCGAUCCUACGGCUGAGCUGCAGGUUGCAAAGGAAAAGAUACAACAGCAAGAGUUGCAGUUGUCAACUUUAAAACAUGAGAAUGAACGUCUCAAGCGACUCAAUAGAGAAUUGGAAGAGAAAGCAGAGACAUCAGAACUUCAGAUCAAUGCAAUCACCUCUCAGUAUAGGUCACUAUUGGAAGACAAAGAGAAGGAGAUCAACAAUUUAAAAUUACAACACCAUGAACUGCUGGAGCAACAUGUUAGGACUGAGCUGACCACACAACAAGGGGACUAUGACCAGACAUGGGCUGACCAUGACUUCUCAUCUGUUAAUAAUGAAUCUAGUGAUUGGGAUUUUGAUGACAGCAUAAAACUGCAAAAAGAAAACAACCGACUCCAGGCUGAGCUUCAGCAUAUCAGGUCAGAGGUCAAGCAUUGGAGAACAGUAGCCAAACAAUUGGGCCAAGCAGAAGGACAGUCCCUAGACAAGCAAGUGGUCAGUGCUGAUAUAAUUGAACUCCAGCAGAAGAUAAAGAAUUUAGAGCUACAGCUGACACAGAAAACAGAGGAGCUGCAACAGCAGGCCACAUCGUUACACGAACAUCACCAGCAGAAGGUGUCAGCCCUGAAAUUAAAGCACCAAGGAGAGAUCAAUGCGUUGCAGCAGAGGUUGUCUUCCUUGGAACACCAGCUUAAUGAAGCAAAUGAUGGAUGCAACAGUUCCCAGUAUAGCGGAUCUGGAACUCUGGCGGAGGCAGAUAGAGUGGAUGGACACUUUGAUACAAGAAGGGAGACAACUUCCCUGGAGACAAAAGAUCUUGCUUCAAGAUCGGGUCAAAAUGUCUUAAACCAACAUGAAAGUGAUAAAGAUUUUCCAAAUGCCUCCAAACAAGCUGACAAUAAUGUGACUUCACUUCAGAACAAGUUACAAGAGUCUGAGCUGUGGCGCAGUCAAUUAGAGCAGCAGGUGAAAGUGCUGAAAGAGGAACUGGUGAGGAACAAGUACCAACUGCUGGACCAGCUGGAUGCAAACCAUGCUGAUGCUCAGGGUGUGCUCUGUGACCUUAGAGUACUCAGGGAGAGUUGGAACUACGAAGCCCUGUCUUUAAGUGAGAAAAUUAGGUCAGAGAAACGGUCCAUGGCCAAUCAACUGUUCAGAGUGGUACAACAGAAAAACAUUUUGACUCAGUCUUUGAGAGAGACCAAGGAUGAGCAAGAGAAACUUUUGGAGCAGACUGGAGCUUGCAUUGAAGAGCUCACUAAAAGAAAUCAACAUAUUUCUUUAGAUAUCUUUGACAAGAUAGAGAAAGAAAACUUAACUCUCAAAGCAGAGAUACUGAAGUAUGAGGAGCAGAUAACUCUGUUGGAAAAGAAAGCUGCUGUCUUUGCCUCAGAAAAUCAGUCCUUGGUGCAGAAAGUUGACAAUCUGAAGUCGCUACUGAGGGAACACAGAGUGUCAGAAGAUCAUGAAGAUAGUGAGGACACUCUAGACAUGAAGUCCAGCUCUCCUAGCAGCAGUGAGCACAAGAGCUCAGCACUUCAUGUUAAAACAGAGGACAUUGACAGGGAGAUUGCUCAGUUGAGGGCUGAGUUAAACAGUCGUUCUGAUGAGUUGGCCAAUGUUGAGAUGGAGAGAACAGAUUGGCAGAUGGAAAAAGAUGCUCUGGAAGACAUCAUCACUGAGCUCCGACAAAAGUCUCAAAACUUGGAGCAAGAAGUUCAGUCACUAAAGUCUGGUUCAAAUGGGAUAAGUUCAGACUCUGAUGAAGUACAAGAUAAAGUUCAAGCUCUUGAGGCUGAGAUUUCCUCCCUACAGCUAGAGAACACUGAGCUGAAGAAUGCUCUGGAAGAGUUGGAUGAGCAGCAUGCAGAGGCUGUGGAGCAGCUCAUUCAGAAGAGAAACCAGCUGGCCUCCCAGUUGUCAGAGAAAAACAUGGAAAUAACUCAUCAGCAGGAGACCAUAGAGAUGCUAAAUAAGACAGUUGUAGAACUUCAAGAAAGUUUGCGAGGCUCAGAUCAGACCAAUGCUUCCAGCCUUAAGGACGAGUCUAUCUGGAAAGAAAAGUGUCAGAAAUAUGAAUCUGACUUGCAAGAGCUGAGCAGAAAGUUGUUUGAAGCCACCAAGUCUGAUGCUACAGUAGAGAAAGAGAUGGCAGACCUGCGACAGAAACUCCAUAAAGGUGGGCAAGUCAUCAAUGAUCUUCACAUGGAUAAGCAGGAACUAAAGGAAGAGCUGGAGCGGGCCCAGAGUGAGACUGCCUCCAAAGUUUCCAAGAUAAAAGAAAUGAGAGAAGAGCUUAAGAUUCUUUCAGGCCAGAAAAAACAGUUAGAGGCGGAGCUUCAAGGCAUGCAAGGGAGGCUAUCUGAAGCUGAACAGGAAGUGGAAAAGUGGCAACAGAUGAAUGAAAAUCAGCAAAUUGAAAAGAUGAAUAUUGAUGUGAAAUUGAAGGAAUGUACAGAGCUCCAAUCCAAGCUGGCAACUUUAGAAGAACAAAAAAAUCUUUUCAGCUUUAACUUUGAACAGCUUUUGUCUAACCAGCUUGAAGAGAAUGUGAAGGAGAGUCCCUUGAAAGAUUCAGCUUUUCAGAAAAUUCUAGAGAAGGAAGCCAGUGUCAGAAGACAGAUUGAGUCUGAUGGUAAAUUGAUUAAUGAUUUAAGACAGCAGGUACAAAAAUUGUACAAUGAUAAGCAGACAUUAAAACAACAACUACACGAGACUCAGGCUAACACUUCUGAAGAAAUGAGACACUUGCAAAAAGAACUUGAAGCUAGUCAAAAAAUUGUUUCAGAUAUGCAGCAGAGACUUGACCAGGAGUCUGGUGAUAAGCAGUCUUUGUUACAGUCCUUACUUGAAGCCAAUCAUAAACUUGAGGAGCUAGUCAAGACAAAUGAAAUUCUGACCUCUGAGGUUUCCAGUUUAAAGGCAGAGAAAUCAAACUUGUCCAGGCAGCUUGCAGGCCAAAUUGAAACACUGAAGUCUAAUCAUGAUUCAGAAUCUCUUCUUGAAGAGAACAAAAAAUUACUAGAGGUUCAAGGAGAGAUAACUCUGAAGCUAGAGAAAUUGGAAGCAGAAGUGAAAGACACAUCUUCCCUAAAAUCAUUGCUGUCUGUAAAAUGUCAAGAAUUAGAAGACCUUGAGCAUAAAUUUGUGUCUGCUCAAACAGAAGUAGCUACUCUUAUGGAACAGAUGAUUCAGUUACAAGCCUUGUGUGAUCAGAAGGACCAAGAGGUGAUAGAAUUAAAAUCUAACUUGGUCACACUGGAAACAGAGUCACCUUUAGGAAAAGUCAAUUCUCAUAAUGAACAAUCUGACAUGGAACUUAAUGUGCAGGGAUCAAACAAUUUAAAUAGACAAGCUGACAGUCAGUUUGAAAAUGUUGAAAUUUCAAAACUUACAGCAGAAUUAGAGAAAUUAAAAACUCAGCAAGAUUUUCACAAUGGCAAUCAGUUGGAAAAGGAGCUUUUAGCAUGCAGAGAAACAAUCUCUAGACUUCAGUAUGAACUGCAAGCAGCACAGGAAACUAUACAGUGUCAAGAAGCUGGCAUUGCAGAUUUAAAUGAAAAGUCAGAUGAGCACCGUAGAGCCCUGGAAAAGUCAGUUCUUGACCUGACCAGACACAAGAGUACACUAGCUGUACUGAGGCAGACUUCAGUAGAUAAGGAGACACUUUUAAAUGAGACUGAAGCCAAGUUGAAUUUUCUGAUUACUAUUCUCACAUCUGAACAGCUAGAGAUGUUGACAACUUUUACUCAGUCUGGUAGACCAGCACUAGAAUAUAAGGAGAUUAAAGCCUUAGAGUACACCACUUUGUCCAGCUCAGACGAGUUGUCGUCGUCUUCCUCAACCAGCCUACAAUCAGUAGUACAAAUUGAUCAGAAGGUCAACUCUGAUAAAACAUAUUCCUCUUCCAAUGAGUAUAUUGUUGAAGAGAAUGUAGAAGGCUCUGAUCAGGACAGAUAUUUUGAGCUGGAAGCAGAAAUUGAGAGACUGUGUGCAGAACUUAAAGAGAAGGACCUGACUUUGACUGAACUUCAGAAGAGCAACGCAGCCUUCUUAGCCCUCUUUGAAAAAGGUGGAGGAGAUAAGAACAUCUCAAAUCAGUUUGAAGCUCACAAGCUGGAAGCUGAGCUCAGAGAUCUCAAGUCUGAACGGGAACAACUGAUGGCUGUGGUCACAGAGAAGUCUAGGGAGGCUUCAUCGCUCAAACUGGAGACACACAGAUUAAUGACGGCCCUUUCAGCAAGCCAGACUGCCCUCAGCAAGCUGCAGGAUGACAACAGGGAGCUUCAGCAACAGAGCAGCUCACACUCUCUUGAUGAAGAGGUGGACGACAUGCGGAGGGAAGCAUUGGCCAAUAUGGCCAGGCUUGUCCGUGACAAGGAAACAGAAGUAGAGGCAUUAAAACAGAAGAAUGAAACCCUCCUGGCAGUUCUGCAGUCUUCAAAUGAAACCCAGGCAGCUAGUCACCUGGCACCAUUGCUGAAAGAUAGAGAGACAUUUACUCAGCAAAUAGCAACCCUUACUUCAGAGAGGGAGCAGCUCAUAGCCUGCAUCACACAAAAGCAUGCUGAAUCUGUGGCCUUCCAUGCUGAAACACUACGACUGUCAGGACUUUUGGGUGAAAUGCAAGCAGCAUAUGACAAAGUCAACAGUGAAUACCAAGCUCUGAUCCCAAAGUUUGAUGACAAAGCCCAGGCCUUAGUUGCAGCUCAGAAUGAGCUCAUUCAGUGCAAGCAGAAGCUAGCCGCAAUGGAAGUGCGACAUGGGGAACUCAUCCAGAGGUCAAAUAGCGUAGACAUUUCAAAGACAGACACGUCCAGUCUAGAGGCAGAACUUGAGACUCUGAAGCAAACAGAGUCGACCUUGAAGCUUGAGCUGUGCCAGCGUGAUGAAAAAGUGCAAUCCCUGAACCAUCGCAUCAGCACUCUGGAGGAGGAACUAGUCUCCAAAGAAUCAGAGUGUGCACAUUUAAGAAAGCAGCUGGAAAAUGCUAAAUUUCAAUUGACUGGACUUUUGUCAGAAAUAGCUGACUUGAAAACAGACAGAGAACAAACACAGAGAAAAAGUGUCUCACAGGAAACUGAGUGCGCAGCUCUGCGUGAAGCCUGCAACAAACUCACCAUGGAGGUGAAGGAGAAAGAUGGCAGUAUCACCGCCCUGAGGGACCAAGUAGCAACCUUGACCUCAGUCUUGCAUGAGAGGCAGGGGGAGCAGGGUCACAUCUCUAAGCUGAUGAAGGAGAAUCAUGAGGUGGUGUCCUUGACCCAGCAGUUGCAACAUGAGAGGGACCAACUGAUCAUGUUUGUGGAACAGAGAAAGCAAGAGUGUGAGAACCUGAGGUCAGAGGUUUCUUAUUACAAAGACAAAGAAUGUAAAAUAUCAAGAGAAGUGGAGAGACUGAGACAUCAUUUAAUAGAGACUGAAGAGGGAUACACCAAGGAAGCAUUAGAAUCAGAGGAGAGGGAAAAAGAUUUAAGGAACAAAUUAGCCAUGGCUGAGGAACAGGCCAUGCAGUAUCAUUCCAGAAUGGAGAUGGCUAGCCAAGAAAACCUCCGCCAUCUUGAAGGUCUGCAGGUCCAAUUACAACAAGUAUGCACUCAGAGGGACUCAGCCUACAUGCAAUUGGCCAACCUGCAAGACCAAUGCCAGCAGUAUGCAACAUCUCUCAGCAACCUUCAGCUAGUGCUGGAACACUUCCAGAAAGAGAAAGAAGCAGCUAUUGCUGCAGAGACAGAUCACUUAGAAAGAGAAUGUAAAACAUUGAGACAAGAGUUAGAAGAGAAAAAGCGAGAACUUUCAGCCAUCAAGGAUGACCUCACUGAAGCUCUAGAAGGUCUGGAGGCAGCCAGCAGAUUAAGUGAACAGUUGGACAGGAAAGAGGAGGCCAUCACAGCACUCAAGGAGGAAGUUGUGCUGAGAGAAAGAGCUUUAGAAGCAGCUGAAAAUGAAAUUCAUAAGCUGACAUCUACCAGUGAGGCCAAAGUUGACAAAACUCUCAUGCACAACAUGGUCAUGACAUGGCUGACUUCCCCUGACAGCAACAGAUCAGAAAUUGUUAAUUUAAUAGGCCACGUGUUGUCUUUCUCUAAUGAGGAUUUUCAAAAGAUUGAAAUGGCUCAGACAAAAAGAGGUUUGCUCUCUGGAAUAUUUAGCCGCACUCCAGUCAAAGAAUGGACACCAUCGAAACCUGCACCAUCCAAUCAGUCAUUUUCUCAGCUGUUUGUCAAGUUCUUAGAGAAAGAAUCAUCACCGCCUUCAACCCCUGUACGUCUUCCUGCUGAAGCUAUGGCAGCAGAGGCCCAGCAACGGCACAAAAGUCCAUUUAACCCAUUUACUGCGCCAAGGCAUGUUACACAUGACACUCAGAAGUCUUCAUCACCAUCGACACACUUGUUGAUCUCCAACGAUAUGGGUCCAAUGCCCUCUGCCCUAUUCGCCCCAAUCUCUAACACACAUACCCUGUCUGAGAGUGCAAUUCUUAAGGACGUUCUGGGCAAGAGGUGACCCUGGCAUGUACAUACUUGUUGAUGUUUUUUGUCACUAUAAUGCAUUGCAAUAUUUAUUACAUUUCGCCCAUCAGAACAAUAAAUUAUAGAUAGUAGAGAUGACUGUAUAUUGGUUCACACUGAUGUAUUUGAUUUUGAUUCAAUAAAAUGUUUACAUCUGAAA